AUGGCCAAGCGAGCCGUCCUACAAUCAGCGGGACUGGAUCGAUUUCCAGAGACCUCUGCCAGCAAUCACAGCAAGAAUGGUGGGCUAAAAAUCUCCUCAAGCUAUCAUCGAAUUACAAGAAGUGGCUACCUACCUAUGCAAUUAGAGCACUACCAGAGCUGUAUCUCCCACGCUCUACACUACACCGAUUCCUUGCAAUCCGUGCAACACACGGAGACUUUGCUUGGUACCAUCGAUGCUCUCAAUACAUUGAUGCUAUACUGGGGUGUUCAUGUAAAAGUGCUAAAGCACCACUGUAUAGUGUUCUAUGCUCACUCACUAGACGGUGCUUCAACGAGUGGCCGUCUAAGCUAA